CCUACGAAAGGCGACAAACUUGGUCGCCUCGCAUCUUUGUAUCCCGAAAGUAAUCCGUCGAGGUGCUUGAUAAAUAAGACAAGGGUCAAACAGACAGACGGACGGUAUUGUUUCCCUGGUCUUCCGCUAAACUUCGGCCAUAAAGAAGCGGAGUGGAAGAGGGGAAACUCUCGGGUUUUCUUUUGUUUUCUUUUCGCUCAAACGGACCUCGGGGAUAAAGGGCUGUUUGGGCAUUUUCGGUUUCUCUUCGGUAUCGGCGUUUGUGAAGAGGCUACACUUCAGUUUCGGGACAGAGAACUUGGGAGUGGAACAAAGCCUGACUGGAAAGGGGUGAGAAAAGUGAAAGAGCCUAUUUUAAUAUCCCAGAUGGCGACCUACAGUGAACAUAAUGGAAAUGGACUUAUUAUAAGCAUGAAGGAGCCUUUUCAAGGGAAAGUCACAAAGAUAGAAUGUGAAAGAAAGCUUGAAGUUAAACGCUCCUCCAAGGAUUUGCGCCACUCUGCUAGCUCAGCUGAAAGCAACGCAAGUGGUGUGGCUAGUUUCACCACUAACCACAACUCUGUUGUGUGCCUGCCUCUAGUGUCAGAGGGAUUGAAAUUGGUAUGGACGCAAUCGGAUCAAACCCGCGAACUUGACACAAUCCCCGAGCUGGUCCAAGCCUUCAACCUAUUUCCAUACCCGUCAUCCCGUGAAGUGAACACGCUGGCCCGGGUAUGUGCCUUGCCACUGGACAAAGUUAAGGUGUGGUUUAUGGUGCAGAGAAUUAAAUAUGGUAUCAGCUGGUCCUCAGAGGAGAUAGAGGAGACACGGCGGAAGCUGGCAGUACCUGAGCUUUAUGAUGACACUACUGAAACAACCGAGGAGGCCAAAAUAAAGAGCAAGAGUAAAGGUUAUGAGGAAUUGGUGAUUGAGGAUAAGGAUGGCAAUGAAGAAGAGAAUGCUCUCUCCAGCGUCACCCCCCAGAAUAAGAAACCAAAGUGUGAGUCACCAGAUUCCUAUAAACCAGCCAAACCCAGUGCCCCAUGUUUCAGUUCCACCCUCCCGCCACCUCAGGAUUCAUACUUCUACCGCCCACCAGCGGACACACCAGCAAGCACAGCAACCGAUGCCUCCCUUGACCUUUCAGAGUCAUCUUCGCGACAGCACCGUCAUGGGCGCUACAAAAAGUCUAAAGUUCAACUCGCUGCUCUUCGAAAAAGCUUUCUGAGAGAGAACUGGCCUGCAGAGGCAGAGCUUAGACGUUUGCAGGAAGAAACUGGGUUGAGCCGUAAUGACAUUCGUAAAUGGUUCAGUGACAGCCGAUACCAGCUUAGGGUUGGCCGAGGAAGCCUGGCAGCAGCCCAGAACUACUCUCAGCACACUGCGGUUGGAGGUAAACAAGAUCAACAAAUACAACCGCUUCCACUCACUACUCAAAAGACUCGUCCACUUAACGGGGUGAAGGGCCCUGACAGUGCCCGUGCCGGUGGGAUUAGAAAUUCACAUUUCUUUCAGACCUUUUUAUCAAACAGCCUGGAAGCAUUUGGGGAAAGGGUUCUUGAGACAGAAGGGUAUGAUGGUUUGGAUGAGCUUUCUGGUGAUGGGGACAGUUUUAAAGACGAGGAACAAAGUGAAGAACAACCCUUACAACUGACCAAGACCUGUAAGAUUGAGCCAGAUGUUCCACAGGAACCAUCAGGUACAUUAAAAUCCUCUCCCUACUCUUCCCCCUCUGGCAGCCCACCACUGACUGCCUCGCCCAAUAAACCGCUUUCAAAGAGCAUCAGCACAUCAAAGAAGUCAGCCCACUCAGCCAAAGCUAGUCCCUCCCAAACGUCCUUGCGCGUCUCAGGCGCUUCCACAUCCCCUGCCCUCACUCCUGCUGGGCGACCAAGAAAGACCAAGGAGCAGUUGGAUGUGUUAAAGCAGCACUUCUUACGCUGCCAGUGGCCCAAGAGUGAAGAUUACACUGAACUUGUUAAGCUUACUGGUUUACCCCGCGCAGAUGUUAUCCAGUGGUUUGGGGACACACGGUAUGCCGUUAAAAACGGCCAGCUGCGCUGGGUGAAGGGAGUGCGUGAUCAGUUCUUGGCAGAACUUGCAGCCCAGCAAAGUAGCAGUGGUUUAACUAAUGGAAGUGGCUCUGGGUCAUCUACUCGAGGGGGCCGCAAACGAAAAUCUCAAGCAAAUGCAGCAAGUACAGAUACCCCUGAUAUCCAGCCAUUGGUAACAUAUUACGUUUCAACAGGCCCACUACAUGAAAAAGACCUUGACACUCUAUGCAAGAAAUCAAGAAUGAGCUACCAGCAAGUGCGGGAUUGGUUUGCAGCUCAGGAUGUAGGGGAGACUGACCAAGAACCUACUGUUACUGAUUAAGACACUGGAACUAGACUGAAGAACAUUUAUAAAAGUUGGUGGAGUGCUCCUCACAUCUGUUGCACCAAUGAGCAUAGUUAGUACUUUGGUUUAAAUUGCUUUAAUUGAGGCAGGUUUGUAACAUCCAGUCUUCCCAGUCCAAGCCCAAAGUGAGGUUUGUGUUUUUUUACAUAUGCUGCAUUUCCUGCUUAUCCUAAUAUAUUUGGACUUGAAUUGUAAUUGUGCUGCCUGUGUUGCUGGAAAUAGGACAGUAACUCAUACACUGGUUUGCUAUAUUUUUUUUAGCUUAUUUUUGUUUAGAUAUCAUUACUACAUAUAUUUUAGUAUGCUAUUGUAGCAGUAUAAUUUAAACUGGUUGUACUUUUGGUACCUGACUGUAAGCAGGCAGAUAACUAACUGCUCCAGAAAAAGAUCUCUGUUGAUGAAUUUGUUGACUGAUCACUGUGUGUAAUCAUUCCUUUACAGCCAAUAAUAAUUCCUUGUCAUGAAAAGCACACUGGACAUGUACACUUUAAAUUGACAUCUUGCACUUUGGUUUUAGAGCCUGCUGCCAUUAUGUUCAUUAAAUCCAAUUCUUUGACAGAAGAUGAGUUGCUAACUAAACAGUGUCAUUCUUGAUCCCUUAACACUGAAACCAAUAAUCAUGCCUUUUGAAAACUGCAUGAUGCAUCUAAUUCUACUACUGUCUACAGCACAUUUCUGUAAAACAUUUCCUUUUCGAUGCUCUGCUGUAAUACUUGAUUUACUAUUUGAAUACUUUGCUUGUCAUUUGCCUUUAUUUGCACCUUUUUAGCAGUAAAGGCUAACAGAACUAAGAAAGCAGCAAUCACAUUGACAUCAUACAGAUGUCAGAAUUGCCAACUUCAGUUUUGAUUUGCACUCAUUGAUUCAGUCAGUAUUUUUACAUCUCUUUUGUCUUAGUAGGUGUAGGGUGUGACUUGAUGGUUUAUAAUAUAGACAAAGUAGAUAAGAUAACUGAUGGGGGUCCAUGUAGUGCAUAAGUAACAAAGGGUUUGCAUCCAAAGAGAAAAAAAUCUGUUUCGUGUUCAAUCGGAUUAUCAAUUUUAGCACAAACAUUAUACAUCCAUCAGUUGAGAAAAAAAAAAACUCCAUACUCUAUAGUUCUUCUUAGUUGACCAACAGGGGUGAAGUGGCUUACAUGAAGCCAGAGUUUAGAUCAUUAGAAAUGUCUGGACAGAAGUUAAUGACCAGAUUGUUGGUAAAGCAGUGUGCAUCACUGUGUUUUGUCAUUCUAUUAGUAAGUGUCAUGCUGUGAGGAAAUGUCCAUAACAAUUAGUGUCUUCCUUUGCAGAUGUUUUCAAUGUAUUUUUAUCCUGUUCUCAUUUGCACAAUUGUGUCACCGGAAACCAGUAAAGGAUUUGCCUUUAUAA